AUGGGACGAAGGCAACAUUAUCUAAUUGGCAAGUAGUUAAGAAAAAAAUACAUCAGUGACUCCCCUGGGUUCUUAAGUGAUAAAUAUAAUCCAAAUGAAGUUUAUGUGAGAGCAACUGACAUCAAUAGAACAAUUGAGAGUGCCUAAUCUUAACUGCUGGGAUUGUAUCCCCCUGGUGAUGAAUAAUUAAACCUGAUGAAUAACUAAACAUAAAUUGCUGUACCAUUAUUCCAGGUAUCAAGUGACAUUGAAAAUGAUGUUACGAAGAAUCUGGGCUAAAAUUCGAUACCUUUUAAUUAAAGAUUUGUGCCUGUCCAUGUUUACGAGAUGCCAUUAGAUAAAUUUUAACCAUCUGAUUAUUGUUAAUACAUAAAUCAAGAAAAAUCUAGAAGAGAGACUUCUAAAGAGCUAUAAGAUCUAUUGCAGAGAGACCAUGCAGAUUUGAUCCAAGAAUUAGCUCCUAAAUUAGGUAUAACAGACCUUCAAAGUUUUACAAGUCUUAAUGCUGUUGAUUCAGUCGACAGUAUUUAUGCUCGAUACUUUAACUAAACUCCUAUUACCGGAUUUGAAGAAUAAGCAUUCAUGGAUUAAAUGAUGGAUCUUUUGGAUUAACAGUUUUCUUAUAUUCUCACUGGUAAUGAGACAGCUUUAAAACUUUUUGUUACUGGAGUUCUCUCAGAGGUAGUAGGAUAAUUUAGGAAGCAGAUCCAAAUUGAUUAAGACCCCUCUUUGAAGAAUAAAGAGAGGCUUAAGCUUUUCUUUUACUCUGAUCAUGAUGAUUCAAUUGCUGCACUUGUAAAGACCUUUCAAUACAGUUUAGGAAAGUAUCCAAGCUAUGCAAGUUAGAUAUUAUUUGAACUAAGAAAGCAAGCAUAAAGCUAGGAUUACUUUGUCAACUUAAUAAUUAACGAUGUAAAGGUUAAAAUUCCUAAUAAUUGUGAGAGUAAAGAUAGCUGUAACUUUGACAAAUUUGUCGAGUAUAUUAAAUCAGUCUCUUACUAUACUAAAUAUUAGGAAUAUUUCCAACUAUGCGGAAUUUAAGUUCAAAUCAAAAUGAAUGAGAAACUUAAUAUAAAACCUCAUUCACUUCAUUCAUUUUCUAGCAGAUACAUCCAGUUAAAUGAAUUUGAUUUCAAGUAAGUAGAACUAGCUAUGAAAGUUGUAGCUUCUUAUAUUGCUAUACUCGCUGCAUCAUUGAUUGUCUGGGCUUUGAUAAACAGAAAGAAGUCUUAAAAGUAAGCUAUUUAAUAUAACAUCUAGAAUGAUAUAGUGGAAUCAGACACCCCUCAUAGCAAAAAUAGUAUUGACAUCCAAAUCUCAUGA